CAGUUACAACACUCCUUUGGUUCCAGUCUCUGCUGCAGGGUGGCAGGUUACAGGCUGCCUUUCCCUUCUUUCUCUCUGCUUCAGGUGACUCCAAAUACGCACCGGAGAAACCCCGGAGGUUUCCCCUCUCUGGCAUUAAAUUCUAGUCACGUUCAGCAGAAAAAAGGGCAGGAAUUAGAUGACCAAACAGGUCCUUGAGAAGAGCCCCAGUCCUUUCAGCUCGCCUCCACGCCUCCCACUCGGCUUCCUAUAUUGUGUUCUUGUCUGUUACGCCGCGCUUAUCUGUUCAAACUUCAGGACAGCAUGACAGGAGGACUGAAGGACGGCGAGAAGGAAGAGGAGUUUCUGCAUUCGCCGUUCAUCCGAAAGCAAGGGAACAUUUACAAACCCAACAACAAGGACAUGGACAACGACAGUCUGAACGAGAAGACCAUGGAUGAUGUCCACACCAAAGAGAUCGACCUGGUCAACCGGGACCCGAAGCGCAUAAACGACGACGUUGUCAAGGUAGACUUCGAGGACGUGAUCGCCGAGCCUGCAGGGACCUACAGCUUCGACGGCGUGUGGAAAGCCAGCUUCACCACCUUCACCGUCACCAAGUACUGGUGCUACCGGCUGCUGACGGCGCUGGUGGGCAUCCCCCUGGCGCUGAUCUGGGGAAUCUUCUUCGCCAUCCUGUCCUUCCUGCACAUCUGGGCCGUGGUGCCGUGCGUCAAGAGCUAUCUGAUCGAGAUCCACUGCGUCAGUCGCGUCUACUCCAUCUGCGUGCACACCUUCUGCGACCCGCUGUUCGAGGCCAUGGGCAAGUGCCUCAGCAGCAUCCGAAUCAGCACCGUCAAGGAGGUGUAGCGUCCGGAAGGAGAGGAGGAGGAUUAACGGAGAGAAGGGGGGGAGGGAAGAUGGGAGGGCUAGAGCAACACUCAAGAAGAAGUUGACCUCUGGAAAAUGGGAGACUUUUCCAGAAGGGGCGGGGUUGUGUGGAAAUAAAGGGGCGUGGUCACAUGGCAUCAGACUCCGCCUUUUUUUCCAACAGCUGUUUUUUUCUCUCCAGUGUGGGUGGGCACAACAAAGGAAAGGGUCGUUCUCCAGGGUUUUUGUUCAUUCUUCACUGUUGUCCAGCAAAUCUGUUUUUCUGUUUUUGUUUUUCCACAUGAUGUAAAUUCUUUCCAGUCUUCCUGUUUCUGAGGAGAGCUUUAUCACUUUGAUUCGUGUGAAGAGGGGAGUAUCGGGGUGUUUCUCUCGCGCUUAUUCCUGUUUGUUUUUUGGAGCCGUUGGGUGGGGGUGGGGGUGGGGUCGGUUGGGGGUUAGUGAGGUCAAAGCAGAGACAAAGAGUGAGCGCUGCCACAGUCAAUCUGACUCAGCAGAAACAAAACAAGCCGAAGAGCACAGAAACAACCCCUCCCUCUGGCCUCCAUGACCGUCAAACCCACCGAAAUCAAACCCACCCACCUCCCACCUCCACCCUUCGCUGGCUGUCCAGCAGUCUGACACACUGAACCUGCCCUCGUUCCUGCAUGCACCUGUUCCCUUGCAAACAAAUCGCCGUCCGCCACCGCCACUCUGCAUCCGCUUCUUCCUUCACCUCCACCUCAAAUGUUUCCAGUGCAGGUUUCAUCCCCAUCAUCCUCAUGACAGUGUGACAGAGAAUUGAUUUUAGCAACUCUUUUCUGACCAAUUUAGGCCUUUCAUUCUUCAGUGAAGCUUCUUUUAAAUGCUCCAUAGUGAAUGCUUCUCCCCCCCCCCCCCCCCUACACUAUGAAAAUGAAGAACUUUUGAGGGGUUUAACUUCAAUACCGUUGUGUUUUUUAAUAUGUACUGUAUGGUUGUCUAUGCAUCAAAUGACAAGCCUCAUUCCAGUGCACUAAUCUAAUGGAAAGUAUUGUUAGUGGAUAGCACUAAUGAAGAUCUCCUGUUUGCAAAGGUAGUGGAGUACUAGUAGCUACUUUGGUGUGCAGACACAAGCUUGUGUGGAGAUGUUUCUUAAUGCGCUGUGGUACUUGCACAGGUUAAUGCAUUGGAAUUAAGAUAAUGUGAGAUGGAGUGUGUGUGUUUUUGGAUGCAUUUGUUGCCCCUUUUUUUGAUAAUUAUUUGUUGUAAUUUCCCCCUGACUACAUUGUUCUGCCUCCCCUUGCUUCUUGACUGUGGACACGAUGCUGAAAAGCGUCAAACUGAUGCCUCCCUCCCAGGAGACGGGUGAACGGAGGGACUGUUGGGUGGGGUUUCUGCAUUUGUAUAAGGAUGGGGUUAUGUUUUGUUGAGACACUAAGCUCGCUUUGACUCCGUCACCUUCAGUCUACCUGCUGUCUUCUCACAGGGAAGGUAACAUCCUAGCACCUGUUCCUUGAAUGGACUGUUUUUAAGCUCCAAAGGUGAUAUUUUUAUAAGAAAAUAUUUGUUUUUUUUUCCUUCCCUGCUUUUAUUGUACAAUAUCACGCUGUGCACAUUAAAAUUUAAUAUAAUCCA